ACUUUAGUUGCACUUUAAUCCUUACACCGCUAUGUAAUUGAGCUUGCAACAUAUGAGACCAGAAGAUUCCAGGAUCCUGGGAAAAUAUCAGGUUUCGAGAUUCUGGGAGACUAUGAGCCUCUUGCUUUCUGCUGCUUUUACUCUCUUUUUGGCCUUUUUGCCUGGUGACUGUUCUUUGGACUCAUUUGCUUCCCGUAAUGUUAAGUCCACCUCACCUUCGACUUUGGCAAUGCCCAGCAUAUCCUGUCAUACAAUCUAUGGUAUAGUGUUUGAUGCAGGCAGCACUGGGACACGAAUCCACAUCUACAAGUUCCAUCAAAGUGAUGCAGGGUCUCCCCUGGAGCUGGAUGGAGAGAUCUUUGAGUCUGUGAAGCCAGGACUUUCUGCUUUUGCUGGGGAGCCUGAAAGGGGCGCAGAGUCUGUCCGCUCAUUGCUGCACUUGGCACAGGACGAUAUUCCUGCCACUCACUGGAAGACAACACCUCUGGUACUGAAAGCAACCGCAGGGCUUCGACUGCUUCCUGAACAUCAGGCAGAGGCUCUGCUCUUGGAGGUGCGGAAAGUCUUCAGUUCAUCUCCAUUUCUGGUCCCAGAAAACAGCGUCAGCAUCAUGGAGGGAACCGACGAGGGAGUCUUGGCCUGGAUCACGGUGAACUUUCUGACAGGUCGCCUUCAUGGGGAUCGUAGCGUCGGGACCUUGGAUUUGGGUGGAGGCUCCACACAGAUAACCUUCUUGCCCUUGGCUAAGGCCACGUUGGAUCAGAGUCCUGGAGCCUUUCUGACAUCCAUUGAGUUGUUUAACAGCACAUAUCGACUGUACACCCGCAGUUACCUGGGGCUUGGUCUGAAGGCGGCUCGUCUAGCUGUGCUUGGAGCGUCUGUGUCUGCAGCUCAGGAGAAACAGAUUUUUCGGAGUCCCUGUUUCCCAGCAGCUCUGGAUGCAGAAUGGACAUUUGCUGGCGUCACCUACAGAUAUGCAGGGCAGGCUGACGGCCUUGUCGGGUUUGAUGCCUGUUACUCCGAGGUUCUGCACAUCUUACAGGGGAACGUUCACCAAGUUGAUGAGAUGCGAGACGGCCGCUUUUAUGCCUUCUCCUACUAUUAUGACCGGGCAGUGGACACCAAUCUGAUUGAGCACGAAGAUGGAGGAGCGCUGGCCGUCAGGGACUUUGCUCUAAAAGCCCGGGAAGUGUGUGACCAUAUGGACCGCUUUGCAUCGCAGAGCCCGUUCCUGUGUAUGGAUCUUACCUACAUCACCGCUCUGCUCAGGGAUGGAUUUGGCUUCGAGGAGGACACCACUCUGCAGUUAACCAAAAAAGUGCGGGAUGUGGAGACGGGCUGGGCACUGGGCGCCAUCUUCCUCGAGCUGCAGCCUCUGGUACAUUCAGGAUGACGGAAGCUCCAGAACACAGCGUUACCCAGCCCUCUAAAAAAAAACAUGGGGCAAUGACUGCAACACAAACCGUAACAGGUCAAGUGUGGGUGCCCUGGUGCAUACGUGUCUGUGAAGGUUCUCAUUUAUCCAGGUCAUGGUAUAUCUGUAAAGAAUAAAUCAAGGCAACUGGA